AUGCCUGAUUUGUAUUUGUCGAACAACCCUUCCCAAGAGAACUUGGAAGAGUUCGAACGCUUGGAAUCGACCCUUCCGCCCACACUCCGUAGAUCCGCCAGUUCACUUUUCGAGUCAUUGGCUAUUGGGACAGCUUCAGGAACAAGCACACCACCAUUACCUUCCACUCCUCAAGCCCAUGAAAACAGAUUUCAACAGUCUAGACUAGGAAGAGAUGAUGGAACUCCUACCCCUAGAAUCCCAAGUGGUUCCAAACUGGCCCACCAUCACUUAGUCCAAAGACUCCAGCAUUCUGAACACUCUAGAUCUUCAUCUCCAAUUCCAAUGCCAAAGCCUAAGUUCAAUGAAGAAAUUCAUAAGCCUGCCAUGAACACCUCACAAUCAUCAACUGGUGUGCUUUGGGUUACAGAAAGAGCCACUGAAUAUGGUUUUGAUGUGCAAGACUUAGACUGGGCAAAUUUGGGCCAAGGUGCACCAGAACAUGGGGAUACAAUUCCUGGUUCCUUUAAGAGACCUUCUCUGGUUCCUGUACCUGAUUACAGUAAAGAGUAUGCCCCUACUGCAGGUAUAAAGGAGUUGAGAGAAGCCGUAGCCAAUUACUACAAUGAAACUUACCGUCAGGACAAACCUUCCAAGUAUACAUACAAGAAUGUAUGCAUUGUUCCAGGAGGUAGAGCUGGUUUAACCAGAAUUGCGUCAAUUAUCAGCGACUGCUACUUGUCAUUCUUUCUUCCUGACUACACAGCUUACGCUGAAAUGUUAUCGUUAUUUAAGAAUUUCUCACCAAUCCCUGUUCCUUUAGAUGAGCUGGACAAUUAUGAAAUGCACUUGGAAUUUAUCAAAAGAGAAUUGGAUAGAGGGGUUCUGGCCCUUUUAACUUCUAAUCCAAGAAAUCCUACUGGUAAGUGCAUGACAAGGACUCAAUUGCACAACUUACACAAGCUAUGCAAGGAAAAGUGUUUAUUGAUUAUGGAUGAAUUUUAUUCCCAUUAUUAUUACGAUGAUAACUGCUCCGGAUCUUCCAUAUCUUCUGCUGAGUACGUAAAAGAUGUUAAUUCAGAUCCAGUAUUGAUCUUGAACGGUUUAACCAAGGCAUUUAGACUACCAGGAUGGAGGAUUUGUUGGAUCUUAGGUCCUGAAGAUUACAUUAACGCUUUAAGUUCAGCAGGCUCCUUUUUAGAUGGUGGUUCUAAUGCACCCUUUCAAUAUGCUGCUGUAGACUUUUUAGAGCCAUUGAAGGUCAAAGCUGAAAUGAAGGCCUUACAAAUUCACUUUAAAAUGAAGAGAGACUACAUCAUCAAAAGAUUAAGCAAGAUGGGAUUCCACUUUACCGAUGGGCAGCAUGGAAAUAUCCCUAAUUCUACUUUUUAUUUAUGGUUGAAUUUGAGUCACUUACCAGGAAAAUUGUCAAACUGCUUAGGGUUUUUCCAUGAAUGUUUACAUGAAAAGGUUAUCAUUGUUCCUGGAUUCUUUUUCUUGAUUAACCCACAGAAUCUUUCCAGAUUGGAAGAUGUUAUUUGGUACCACUUUGUAAGAAUCAGUUAUGGUCCUGAGUUUGAUCAAAUAGUGAAGGGAAUGGAUGGUAUUGAAAGAAUUUUGGAAAGAUUCGGUUGCUUGCCAUAUAAGGUUGAAAGACAUUAA